GGAGGCGGGAAACUUAUCCUGCUUUUGCCUUGCCCCCGUGUCUUCGCCACGCCAGCCGCCCCCCGCCUGCCGACGAGGCCGCGGCCGCUGCUCAGUUCAGGCUCAGCUCGAGGGGAUCGUGCGGUUGGUUGCGCGAAGCGGCGGCGAGAAAUGGCGGGCGCGAGCUUCCUCUCGACCGUGCGGCAGCCUCCCGCGCCGCCGCCGCCGCUGCUCGCCCCACGCGGCUCCGCUUCCUCCGUCUCGUCUCCCGCGCGACGGCACGCCCACAUUCUGGUGUGCUGCCAUGCUACCGCGCAGGAAGAGCCUGUGCGAUUCCGUAGAAGGGAUUUAAUCGGCGGCUGCUUGACUACUGCCAUUGGCUUGGAAUUAGUCGAGGGCUCUACAGGAUUCACAGGAGUGGCUACUGCAGCUGAUCUGAUUGAGCGUCGACAACGCUCUGAAUUCCAAUCAAGCAUCAAAAGCACCCUCGCCACAGCCAUAACGGCUAAAAAAGAGCUCAUUCCAUCUUUGUUGACGUUGGCACUGAAUGAUGCCAUGACAUAUGAUAAGGCCACGAAGUCAGGAGGUCCAAAUGGAUCGGUCAGGCUAAGUGCAGAAAUAAGCAGACCUGAAAACAGUGGACUUUCUGCUGCUGUGGAUCUGCUAGUUGAAGCGAAAAAGGAGAUAGAUUCCUACUCCAAGGGAGGACCCAUUGCAUUUGCAGAUCUGAUCCAAUUUGCAGCACAAUCAGCACUCAAGCUAACAUUCGUUGAUGCGGCCAUUGCCAAAUGUGGCGGGAACGAAGAAAAAGGAAGAACACUAUACUCAGCUUAUGGUUCAAAUGGCCAGUGGGGUUUAUUCGACAAACUGUUCGGGCGACAAGAUACACAGGAACCUGAUCCUGAAGGAAGGGUACCUGACUGGAGCAAAGCUUCUGUGCAGGAAAUGAAGGAUAAGUUCGUCGCAGUUGGUUUGGGUCCUCGUCAGCUUGCUGUGAUGUCAGUCUUCCUGGGGCCUGACCAAGCUGCCACGGAGGAACGGUUGAUAGCCGACAAGGAUUGCCGCCCAUGGGUCGAGAAGUAUCAACGCAGUCGCGAGACGGUCUCUCGAACUGACUACGAGGUUGACCUGAUAACCACGCUCACAAAGCUGAGCUCCCUUGGGCAGAAGAUAAACUACGAGGCCUACACGUACCCUAAGCAAAAGAUUGACUUGGGUAAAUUGAAAUUGUGAUGGAUAGUUUCCUGAUCAUCUCUCAGUCUCGGUGAUGCUGAUACAGUAACGAAGAGCUUCAUUUGUUUGCCUAAGAAGAGUGAUUUGAUUUGGCAGUGACAUUCCGACAUUUUUACACGGCAAUAAGUACGGCAUGUAUAGAUGGUUUAGAUUCACUGUUCCCUUCGCUCUUUUCUGAACUUCAAGAAUCAGACAUGAUGAUUUCCAUGAGUUGUGUUCUGUAAAUUCUCUUACUUGUAUAAUGUGAAGAGGCAAUAGCAGCCAAGUGGAGUAAUAGACAAUACUGUUUCUUCAA